GGAUGAAGCUCCUCCCUGGAUCACAUGCAGGAAGGGGGAAAGGUUCAGGAUUCACUACAUGCCAUCACACCACCAGAGUAUUUGGUUGAAUUAGAGCGAGUGAAUGAUUGCUGGCCUUUACUUCUGAUGUGGCAUCCUGUUGAUGCCAGGGCUCCUUUUGUCUCAGCGUCACGAUGGCCGACUGGGACUAUGACUAUCUGAUCAAGCUGCUGGCCCUGGGCGACUCCGGGGUUGGAAAGACCACCUUCCUCUACCGGUACACCGACAACAAGUUCAACCGCAAGUUCACCACCACAGUGGGCAUCGACUUCAGGGAAAAGCGCGUGAUGUACACAGGCACGGGUGCCGAUGGGGAAAGUGAGAAGAAUUUCAGAGUCCACCUGCAGCUCUGGGACACAGCAGGACAAGAGAGGUUUCGCAGCCUCACCACAGCUUUCUUCAGAGAUGCCAUGGGAUUCCUGCUGAUGUUCGACUUGACCAGUCAGCAAAGCUUCCUCAACAUCAGGAACUGGAUGAGUCAGCUACAGGCCAACGCAUACUGUGAUAGCCCUGAUGUGGUGCUGGUGGGCACCAAGGCGGACCUCCGAGACGCGAGGGAUGUUCACACCAGGCAGGCCAGAGAUCUGGCAGAAAGAUAUGGCGUGCCCUACUUCGAGACGAGCGCUCUGACGGGCGUUGACGUGGACCGGGCAGUGAGCACCCUGUUGGACCUGGUCAUGAAGAGGAUGGAGCAGAGCACACACGGGGGCCACGGCUCUGAGUCCAACGGCAGCCCCAUCGCCAGCCACGAGGUAGAGGAGGCUCCAGUCAGACGGAGGUGUGCCUGCUGAUGGAGCCACCACCUGCAGCGACGUUAGCUGAGGCAGCAUGCAAAAUAAACACAAGAUCUUUACUUGAUAAACAGAAAUGUAGGCCAGUAGGACUCUGGCUUGUGUUGGUGUUUUUUAUUUAACUGUGCGUCAUUUAGUGAAAAAGAGAAGCAAGAAGUUAAAUACAGGACUUGUAAGUGUCAAACGUUUUAAUAUUUAGUCUUUUCUGGCCUCUCAGUCAGAAUGUGUCAAAAUGUUAAAUCCCUUUUUCAAUAUGAAGCUUGUGGAGUCAUGUUGUAGUACUUUUAAAUGUGUUGCUGAUGUCUGUUCAAGUUUUUACCCAUAUCUAAGCAAAACAUGUGUUUUUCUUUGAUCAUUUGUGCUUUAAUUCAUUGAUUAUAUCAUUGUAAAUAUCGGUUUACUGUAUAUUGAAAGAAUGAGGUAAAUAAGUUAGU